CGGACGCAGCGCCUAGUGAUCCACCGCGGAGCCGCGCGAGGCCGCCCGAGCCCGAGCCCGAGCCCGAGCCCCGAGCGAGCGCCGCCGCCGCCUCUCGCCAGCCGGUCCCCGGACGCGCCGCCGCCGCCACAGCCGGGAAGGCAGCCGGUGCCUAGCAAGUUGCGAGUGCGCUUCUCCGCCCGGGGAAAGUUUCCCCCGCGGCCGCCGACUGGAGUUGGCGCGGGAUCCGGCCACUGCCGCUGGAAGAGUUUAUCCUGAAGCUACCAUCAGAAAGAGACUUCAAGAGACUCUUGACACCCCUGAAAGGAAAAGACACCAGUUGAAAGAGGUGGGCAUCUACUGGACAGCCCCGAGCUUGCAGGGACCAGACCUUCCGACCCCAUCAUCCAAGCUACGUGAACCCUUUGAAUUUGAACUUCUAAAAACGUGGGCACAACCUUUUUCCAGACUUCUCGACGCAGGCUACCCAGGACAAGCUGGGCCAAUAACGGAAAUAUACAGGAAACCCUCUGAACAAGAGACUGUCCCGCUGACAUCAGAACUGCCCAGGGGGAGCACCAUGGAAGGCGACUGUCUGAGCUGCAUGAAGUAUCUGAUGUUUGUGUUCAAUUUCUUCAUAUUUCUGGGUGGGGCCUGCCUGCUGGGCAUCGGCAUCUGGGUCAUGGUGGACCCCACCGGCUUCCGGGAGAUCGUGGCCGCCAACCCCCUACUCAUCACGGGCGCCUACAUCCUCUUGGCCAUGGGGGGCCUGCUUUUUCUGCUUGGCUUCCUGGGCUGCUGCGGGGCCGUCCGGGAGAACAAGUGUCUGCUGCUGUUGUUCUUCCUGUUCAUCCUGAUCAUCUUCCUGGCGGAACUCUCGGCGGCCAUCUUGGCCUUCAUCUUCAGGGAGAACCUCACCCGCGAAUUCUUCACCAAGGAGCUCACCAAGCACUACCAGGGCAACAACGACACAGACGUCUUCUCUGCCACCUGGAACUCGGUCAUGAUCACAUUUGGUUGCUGUGGGGUCAACGGGCCUGAAGACUUUAAGUUUGCAUCAGUUUUCCGACUCCUGACUUUGGACAGUGACGAGGUGCCGGAGGCCUGCUGCCGGAGAGAACCCCAGAGUCGGGACGGGGUCCUGCUGAGCAGGGAGGAAUGCCUCCUGGGAAAGGACCUGUUCCUGAACAAGCAGGGCUGUUACACGGUGAUCCUCAACGCCUUCGAAACUUACGUGUACCUGGCCGGAGCCCUCGCCAUAGGGGUGCUGGCCAUCGAGCUUUUUGCCAUGGUCUUUGCCAUGUGCCUCUUCCGGGGCAUCCAGUAGAGGGUGUGGCCUGAAGAUUGAAGACUCACCCCACCCACCACUGCCCAGCACCCAAUGCCCUCCCUUCCCCCUCCCCCCUGCCCUCUUGGCCCCGGGGGAGGACGUGAGGCCAUGAUGAGUGGCUAGGAAAUGGGGCAGAGGAAAAUAGCUAUUUUUUUAACAAAAAAAUGAAGGCAAGAAUAUGGACUGAUGUCGCCCAUCUGGACUCCGGAACGGGCGCCAUGGGGUUCUCCGCGGGGGCCCGGGCACCUGAACCCAAGAUGCAGCCUGCAGUAGAGACCAAAGCAACACCAGGGCCAGGCCCCCUCCUUGGUGCACCCAGAUCUGGCAGCCCGGGACCUGCGCCCUCAACUCACAGCUUCAGGAUCUGGUGCCAAGGAAGUAAAAGGAUUUAGGCAAGAAGGAGGCAAAAGAAAAUUGUGGAGAAGUUGGCAAAGCCCAGGGGCGCCGAGGAGAUCUGGUCACCAUGUCCUUGAGGACUUGGAACCUACGUGGAGUCCCCGGUCCUCCAAGGAUGGAGUUGUCCCUGCCUCAGGCUGGGGCCAAGAGUGGGCUGCAGAUGCUGGAUCCAAGGAUGGCCCAGCCGGUAGGGUUCGUGCUUCCCCAUCUGUUGGAGCAAAUAAUCUGGAAAGCCCAGAGAGGAGCAGUUUCUCAUCCACAGUCACACAGC